AUGCGGGUCCUUUACCCGGUGUGCAACCAGCUGACCUCUACGUCACUGAGAGACACUGUUUAUUCUGAGUUUGUGCAGAUUCUGGACACCUGGGUGCGAUGGACCCUCCAAACACGAGUUACCUGUUCAGCAAUCAAAUCUGUAAAUGAAGACAACUGUGAACGACCCUUGGCUGGAGAACACAGAAACGAGGACAGUAGCCAUGUGUCAGGUCAUAGCGGGACAAGUAGUGGCAAAAGGGAAUGGCAGGCGAGUCACCGAAGGAGCUCAGCGAGGCGUGUGAAGGAUGAUGAGGCGGGUCACCUGAUAUGUCAGAGAGGAGACGUGCUCAAUGGAAGAUACGAGGUUGUUGGUGUGUUGGGUCAAGGUGGUUAUGGAAGAGUGGUGAAAUGCAUUGAUCGCAAGGCGGAAGGCACGCACGUAGCUGUGAAAAUAGCAAGGAAUUUAAAUUGGUCCCUCAACGCUGCUCGUGAUGAAAUACAAGUGCUGGAAGAUUUAAAAGCAUCAGACCCCAGCAAUGCCUAUCACUGUGUGCGGAUGUUAGAAUGGUUUGAGUAUCAUGGGCACAUCUGCAUUGUUUUUGAACUCCUGGGGCUCAGCACCUAUGACGUUAUGAGAAACAAUGACUUCCUGCCAUUUAGCCUGCAUGACAUUAGACACAUGGCCUAUCAGAUCUGCACCUCUGUCAACUUUUUGCAUAUGAACGAACUGACGCAUACAGAUCUGAAGCCAGACAAUAUUGUGUUUGUUGAGUCUGACUGUGUAGAGGAGUACAACCCCAAACUGGAUCAAAAUGAAGUCACACUAAGAAAACCAGACCUCAAAAUCGUGGACUUUGGGUGCGCCACUUACGAUCAUGAGCAUCAUAGCACUUUGGUGACUACCAGAGCUUACAGAGCUCCUGAGGUGGUCCUAGAGCUCGGAUGGUCACAUCCAUGCGACGUGUGGAGCAUCGGAUGCACUCUCCUGGAGUACUACCUUGGACUCUUAGUAUUUGAGACCGAUGAUGACAAAGUGCACCUGGCGAUGAUGGAGCAAUUACUGGGGCCCUUGCCUGAGCAUAUGGUAGAAAGAGUUGUUUCUUCAAGGAAAAAGAAUUAUUUCUGCAAUGGCCGCCUGGCCUGGGACAAACACAGUGUUGCUGGGCUAUGUGUCUCAAGUUGUUGUAAGCCCCUGAAGGAAUUCAUGGCCAGCCGCGAUUGUGAUCACGAGAACCUAUUUGAUCUGAUAGACAAGAUGCUGGAGUACGACCCAGCCAAGCGCAUUACACUGGAGGAAGCACUGAAUCAUCCUUUCUUCCUCCCAUUGAAGCAGGAGAAAAUGGCACAGUCUCCUACAGCUACAGGCAGACGAACACCUCCAUCGGCCCAUUAAGAAACAGAAACUAUGCUAUG